UCUGUUCGGAAAUGGUUUUGUCUGGAUUAAUGAGUUCUGUAACCUGCUGUGCUGAGGUGGGAUGUCAGAAAGGACAUUUUCAUAUGUCAUUUUCAUAUUUCUGAUGAUUUGGAUUUGACUGAGCCUGUUGGUCUGACAAGGCAUGGCUGGGAAGCCUUUCCGGGCCACCUAUAUCUGGAGCAGCAUCAUCUCCAAUCUUCACACUCAUGUGGAGGUCAAGCGCCGGCGCCACAACCUCAAGUCCUACCAUGACUGCUUCCUGGGCUCAGAAGCCGUGGAUGUGGUGUUGACACACAUCACCCUGAACCGUUUCUUUGGCGAUGAGGCAGUGCCUCGCUACAAGGCGGUCCGUCUUUGUCAGGCCCUGAUGGACUCGAGGGUGUUUGAGCCAGUGGGCAUUAAAGUAUUUGGGAAGGAAAAGAAGCGAGCAACGUUUGAGGACAGUAGUUGCAGUUUGUACAGGUUCCUGAGCCCAACAACCAGCUCCUCAUCAUGUCUGACCAACACCAACUCUCACUCCACUAGUACCAUCGAGAGUGGCUACGACUCACCGAGCAUGAACAGGACCAAGAACAGCUAUAGUCCGUCACGUGAAAGACAAGAGGUGCUGAGCUACUCCACCCACUCCCCCGUAAAAACAGACAAAUCACUGGAGGACGUGCUGGGAAACCUCAACCUGAGCUCAACCAUCACCCCUCAGAUGAUCAACCUCGGCCUCUCACAAGAGCUUGUGGAUGAGGUGUGGCAUCAGCAGGGGGUGUUCAGGCUGUUGCAGCUGAUAGAGCUCCCCCUACUGGAGAACUUGUUAGAGGGCAAGGACGCAUCUCGGCCUCCCCUGCAUGGAAUGGACAGUGACCCAGAUCUGUUGUAUACAUCAAGCUACUUAGACCGAGAGGUCCUCAAGGCCUUCAGUGAAGCGCAGGCUGAUGAGUGGAUGUCAGGGGCAGUGGACUGUCUAGAGUUUCUGCCUGAUGAGCUAGUGGUUGAGGUCAGUCGAGGUUUGGCUGGCUGUGCAAACGACCUGCUCCAGUGUAAGAGGCUGCUCUAUGAUGUCCUGGCUCAGCAUUAUGGACACACACAACAGCCACCGCUGCUCAGCAACCAUGUUUUUGACAUUCACUCUGGCAUCUCGGAGUUACUCGUGAACGGCAAGCAAGAGCAAGCUCUGGAGGCUCUGCAGCUGAGCCUGAAGCUGCAGGACUCUCGCAGCAGGGAGGAGCUACGCAGGCUCCUGAGAUUCAUGGCUACUGCAGCCAAACCACAGGAGGUCAGACUGCACAAAGAGAUUGAGAACAGAAUGGCGGUGAAAAGGUCUUUCUCAAAUGCCAUCGUCUACAGCAGAAGACUCUCCAAAGGAAAGGUGGACUUGAUGGUUCUGUUCAUGAUGGAUAACCACUGUGAUCUUUUCAAAAUUCCUGUUUCAUUGCACAAGAUGGUCAGUGACAGAAUAACGAAUAUUGUGAAAGGGAAGGAUCCAGAUACGGCGACAGGGUCGACAUACUGCACAAGACUGAGUGCUAAGGCCUAUUCAGAAAAUGCACAAAAAACCACAAAAGAAGAACUUUGGUCCUUACUCCGGACAAUCCAUGAGAACCCUAAUCUCUCCAUCAAAGAAAAGAGACGGCUGCUGGGACAGUUUUAUAAAGGCCAUCCAGAGAUUUUUGUUCAAUACUUUGGAAAUAGAUUGUCCAGCAUCAACAUGUUGCUACAAUAAUAUUUAUUAGUUUAAAAAAAAUACCAUGUAUUAUAAUGUAAAAAGAUGUAGAUGUAAUAACGAAAUCUGAAGAGACAAUGUGUGGAAUAGUACGUGGAUUUCAUUUGCUUGUAUGUAAAUAGUUUAAACUACUGAAAAAGAAUGUGAAUUUUAAUUGUUUAAUAAGCUGCAAUAUUUAAGGACAUACUGUCUUAAUGUUUUUUAGAUAUUUUUUUGGUGCAGGACACUAACAUUAAAUGUCCUUGUCAGGUUUAUGUAAGACUGUUACUUUCCUAGAAUGAGAAAAUGAACGACAACACAAAUGUGUGUGUGUUUUUUUUUUUUUUUAUGUUUUCACAAUGCAAUGUCUUGAUGGCAUUCUGUGUCUGCCGCCAGUAAGGACAAGUCUGUAUAUUGCUUUUCAAUGGACGUAUUCUUUGUGCUUGUGCAAUAGGAACAGUGUUAGCAAUAAGAAAUGUGUCUGUACAUGUGGUUUCUGGUGUACAGUGCGAUGCACAGUCUGAGGAACCAUCAAACGGAAAUUUGAACCUGGAAAUCUGAAAGUCUAAUGAUGUGCUGUAGUAAACAGUCAGAGACAUUCAUGAGAAUCAGCCCUCUGGGGUUUUGUGUUUGUUGCUACAAAUCAGAAAAACAGAUGUUUGUAAGUUGUUGUUUUUUUUCUUCUUUGACUGAAAACCUUAGCUGUGUUUUAGCGGCAUUUUAAAGGUUCUGUUUCAAAUAAGGUUUUUGUCCUCCUUCUAAUCAGCUGAGGAAAUUGCUUCCACAUUUCUAGGUGACAAAAGCAUUCCUGGUUUAACUUUAAACCACACACACAACGUGUUUGUAUUUUGCCAACUCUUAAUAAAAGUCAGCUGGAAUUGUCUAACA